AGCUUUUAUGACAUUGAAUGCUCCAUUACCUACUCCUUUAACCAUUAUUUAGUAGGAAGGAAGAAGCUCGAGGUCAAGCUCAGGCCCCUCCAAUAUUCCAUCAAUACCUCCCACCCAUCUUUUGCAAUCGGUAUCGAAAAUGAUGGUCGAAAAGAUAAGAUCAGAGAAAGGAAAUAGUGCAAGUUCAGCAGCAGCAAUAAGCAGCUCUCCCAUGGCUAUGUUGGGAGAUCAUCAAGAAGGUAGUAACACCACCAACCCUAUGCGCACCGCCGAGACCUUGCUUCGUCUCUUGCCUAUAGCCCCUUGUGUUGGAGCUCUUGUGCUUACGCUUCACAACUCUCAGACCAAUGAGUUUGGCUCCAUUUCUUACUCUCACCUUGGAAGUUUCAGGUACUUGGUCCAUGCCAAUGCAAUUUGCGCGGGCUAUUCCCUUCUUUCUGCUAUAAUUUCAGCCAUGCCUCGUCCAUUUUCCAUGUCUCAAGCCUGGACUUUCUUUUUCCUCGAUCAGUUGCUGACUUACUUAGUGUUGGGUGCGGGGGCGGUGUCGACGGAGGUGCUGUACCUGGCAUACAAGGGGGAUGUGGCCAUUACAUGGACUGCAGCUUGCGAAACGUUUGGUAGAUUCUGUCACAAGGGCACUGCAUCUGUGGCAAUUACUUUCUUGGUGGUAGCUUGCUAUGCAAUGCUUUCCCUCAUUUCUUCCUACAAACUUUUCAGCAAAUAUGAGGCUCCUCUGUCUAAACAACCCACCAAAGGAAUCGAAGUUGCCACCUUCCAUGGCUGACCUGCUUCUUCCUAUAAUUGUGACCUUAAUUUCUGAAUUAUAAUAUAUGCAUGAUGAUGAUAAUCAAUAACGAAAGCUCAAGACCAGUGUUAAUUUUCGGUUUGUGUACCCUAUAAUGUUAUUUUGCUUCUUUCUACUUUCGAUAUUCAAUGUAUAAAAUAUAUGGAACGCACUGAUAUAUAUAUAUAUAUGUAUUGUAAUUAUAAAGUACUCAAAA